UGCAAACAAAUUUAUUAUACACGAGAUCAGCUGUCACACAACUACGAUGUUUGAAAUUGAUGAUAAUAGUCAGAAUGCCGAUCGAUACAAACCGGAGAAAAUUAAUUAUCGUCUGCCGGAUGGCGUACGACCAACUCAUUACAAUAUCAAGUUGACAUUAAGCUUUUCAAAAUUUGACGGUGAAACAUGUAUCGAUCUCGUUGUUAGAAAAUCAACUUUCGAUAUUACAUUGCAUUGCGAUCAAAUAAUCAUAAACGAAACAACCACGUUGUUGAUUAAUACGAAAAAUGAACAUUUCAAACCUAUCGAACAAAUUUAUGUCAAGGAAAAAGAAUUGUUUGUAUUACGUUUUCAAAAUGUCAUUGAACCAGAUUGUUACAAGUUACAUUUCACGUUUAAAGGUUUACUCGAAGAUACUUCUCAUGGUUUUAACAGGAGAUUUUAUACAGACGAAAAACAAGGUACCUGCACUAGAUACGUCGUUACAAAUUUUAAAACGACCUUUGCACGUCGUGUCUUUCCAUGUUUCGAUGAACCCAAUAUGAAAGCAACAUUUACCAUUUCCAUAAAACAUCCUAAAUUAUACGUUGCUUUAUCCAACAUGCCGAUCAAAGAACAAUCAUCAAUUGACGAGAAGGGAUAUUUAUGGACACAUUUUGAAAAAACACCGAUCAUGUCAACUUAUUUAUUAGGUAUCGUUUUAUUACCAAACGAUAGUAAACGAUUUUCUAAUUUAGAUGGUACUAUAAACGUUUGGUGUAGACAAAAUUGGCAUAACGUUGUCAAACUUAUUCACGAAGUUACCGAAGAUAUAAAACUACAGCUUGAACAUUAUACAGGUAUUAUUAAUUUAAUACCAAAGAUAGAUCACGUUAUGAUUCCUAAUCAUUCGAAAAGAUGUACAGAAAAUUGGGGCCUCAUCGUUUACGAUGAAGAUGAUAUAACAUAUGUGGAAGAUCCUACGGAUACGUAUAAUUUAGAAAUGAUAACAAGACUCGUGGCACACAAUUUGGUUCAGCAAUGGUUUGAAAAUUUAGUCGGACCAACUUGGUGGAAUUAUUUAUGGUUAAAUGAAUCUUUGGCGCAUUAUUUUAAAUAUUAUUUUAUUAAUCAGGCAUAUCCAGAAUGGAGAGUAUUAGAAAUGUUUGUGGUGGUCGUUCAACAAACAAUAACACUUUACAGGGAUAAUUGUUCAUUUAUACGACAUAAACCAUACAAAGGUAUCUGUCAAGAACCUUAUUUAGGGGUUCCCGCUAUUAUCUAUCAUAAAGGAUCAUGCAUCUUACGUAUGUUAUCACAUUGUCUUUCUGAACCAAUCUUUCAUAAAGGAAUAUUAAAGUAUCUUAAAACAUUUCAAUACGAAACAUCGAUGCCUGAUCAAUUGUGGAAAAUAUUCGAAGAUAUGAUGAAUUUAGAAAAAUUCAAUAUCAAAGAAAUAAUGGAUACUUGGUUAAAUCAAAAAGGAUAUCCUUUAGUAACAGCUAAACGUGAUCUUAAUACUGGUAUGAUAAUUGUAACGCAAAAACGUUUUAAACUAUCUGAUAUCGAUCAUGAUAAAGAUGAGGAAAGUGACGACGACGACAACGACAACGAAGACGACGACGACGACUAUGAUGAUGAUGACAAAGCUGAUGAUGUAAAAUGGUGGAUACCUAUUAAUUAUACAAGUAAAAGUGAAGUUAACUUUUCCUCAACUUUACCAACACAUUGGUUAAAACCACAAGAUGAAAAUUUGACGAUCGAUAACAUCGACCCGAACGAUUGGUUCGUAUUUAAUGUGCAACAAACUGGUUAUUAUCGUGUCAAUUAUGACGAAGAUAAUUGGAAUAAAAUUGCUGAAUAUUUAAAUACGGAAAAUUAUACGAAUAUUCAUCCAUUGAAUCGUGCACAAAUUAUUGAUGACUCGAGUUAUAUGGUUCGUACGAAACGUUUAAAUCCAAUUGUAUUUUUGGAAAUAAUGAAUUAUCUAUGGCGUGAAACCGAUUAUAUACCAUGGUAUUCAGCGUUCAAAGUAUUUGACACGUUUCAAGAUUAUUUUAAAUUUCCAGAAAGUAGUGCCUUCUUUAAGUCUUACGUUUUACGAUUGAUCGAUGGUUUAUUACAAAAUGUUGGAUACGAUGAAACACCAUACGAUGAUCAUUUAACGAAAUUAAAAAGAAUUGAAGUACUUGAAUUGGCCAGUAAACUUGGUCAUUUGGAAUGUAAAAAAAUAGCUAAUGCCAAAUUGAUAAAACAUUUAAAGAAUCCUCAUUCAAAUCCUAUACCUACCAAUUUGAAACCAUGGGUAUUUAACACCGGUAUGAAAGAAGCCAAUGAAAUAUUAUUUAAUAAAUGUCUCCAAAUUUAUAAAUGUGAUCCAAGUUUUAUAAACUUAAACAAUUUAACUGGUGUAGAAAAUCCAAUUUUAGUUGAGCAAUUAUUAAAUUUAACGUUAACAAAUGAUUCGCCAAUUUUAAAAGAUCAUCGAGUAGACGUUUAUCGUCGUUUAAUGUACACUAGUGUUGAAAAUGUAAACGUCACCAUUGAUUUUAUCAUAAAUAAUUGGGAAAAAAUAAAUUCGAGAAUUGAAGAUUCACAUGAAAUUAUUGAGACAGUAAUUGAUGAGAUUACUUCAUGGGAUCAAUUUCAUAAGGUUAAACAUUUUAUGAAGGCAAAUGGAUUGAAACAAAGUACAAAAGAUGUAGAAAAGAAUUUGAAAAAAGCGAAGAAACAUCUGUCAAAAGUUCUUAGAUGGAUUAAAAUGCAAAAUUGUUUAAAAAGUAUCGAUGAACAAUUUGAGAACUUGCAUUUAACGGAUGUAACAAAGAAAUAAAAUGAUAAAAGUUCUCAUUGUUUUAUAACUUUGAUACUCUGUCGUUAUCUUUUAUUUAUUAAUCGAUCAAUAUUUCUCAUUCUAACGAAUAGUUAGGUACAUAAAGGAUGCAAAAAAAAAUAUUAAAAGUACCGGAAAUGCUUAAGUAAGAUAAGUGGAUGAUCAAAUUUAUUGAAAGCAAUUGAACGAUAAGAUAUAAAGUCAAAGUCCAAAUAUUACAAUUCUACAUUGUAUUGUUUCUUAAAAGUCCUAUAAUUCACUUAUAGAUAUUAUUUGAUUAACAACUAACAAGUAUGAUAUAAUAUUGACAUAAACUACAAAUUUAUAAAG